CGAUUUUAUCCUUCCACGAAUCCACCAGGCACCGUGGCAAAGUAGCGCGUUGGCAAAGUGCUAUAAGCCAUUGGGCGUAAAGAAACCAUAUCCGAAGUUCCCAAGAGAGUCUCAAAAUUAUCAAUCCCCGUUGGUCGUACAAAAAACAAUUUAUAGAGAUCCAAGAAGACGAUCACGAAGAUGGUUUGCCUGGCGUGUUUAUUACCCCUUUUUUUGGUACCCAUCGUCAACAUUCUUCCAAUUCUAUUCUAUUUAAUCAUGGGAAAAGUUUAUGGGAUAUUUGGUUGGGAAUACAGGAAGCCGGAGGUGGUUCCACCGGCUUGUCCUUAUAAGCCUGCAGCCAAGAAGGAUAGCAAAGCGGGGGUGGAAACUGAACCUGCUCCACCUUUCUCAAAACCUGUGGGAGUGGCAGAUGACAAGCAGGACUGAGGCUGAUCUACUUUCUUUGGUACCUGGGCAUUAGGGAGGAAAGCCAUUACUUAUGAUUUUGUUUGUUUUGAUUCUCCGAACUAGAUGUUUGUUGGAAACUGUAUAACCUUUUAUCAUAUUAACUAGUCGGAUUAAAUAUCGGAUUUCUGUAUCCAAACGGACCUAACCCUUUCGGAUGAAAUGAAAUCGGAUAUUGAGUAUGAAAAUUGUUUUGAUAUGGCAAUUGUAGUACAUUCCCAAAAAAAUAAGAA